UAUCUGUGAUGCUGCGGGGGCGAAAAAAUCAGUCUAUGGGCAUAAGUCAGUCUAUGGUGCACGCGUUAAAGGUGAAGGUAAAUCUGGUUCAACCGGUUGGCAAAAUGGACGGGGGUCCUUUGGAUCAUGAUCCAGAUCCCGCGGUGAUUUUGGAGGGCAGGCUUCAGGGCUUCUUCCCAGCCUUAGAUGAAGAAGAAGAUAAGAAGAAGACCUUGUGGAUGGGAGGCGUGCUGGACUGCUUCACCACCGUCUUCUCCUUAUUCACCCAAAGCGACCAAAAGCCUCAAGAAGAGGACUGGGACAUUCCCUACGAGAAGUUGUCGGAUCUGGUGUACCUGGGAGCUGGGGCCCAAGGCAUCGUGUUCGGCGGCCAAUACCGCGGUGAACUGGUAGCUGUGAAGCAGCUUCGCGACAAGAACGAUUGCAAUAUCAAACACCUUCGCAAGCUGAACCACGAGAACAUCGUGCAAUUCAAAGGCAUCAGUACCAAUGGACCUUCCGCUUGCAUCAUUAUGGAGUUUUGCCAGUACGGGCCUCUCUUCGAGUACAUCCACAGUGGAUCCAGCUUCUUGCCCUCCCAGAUCUUGAAGUGGGCCAAAGAAAUAGCCCAGGGAAUGGCGUAUCUACACAGCCACAAGAUUAUCCAUAGGGACUUGAAGUCUCCCAACGUACUGAUCGCCGAUAACCUCGUGGUGAAAGUAAGCGAUUUCGGCACUAGUCGCGAGUGGAAUGAUGUGAGCGCCGUGAUGAGCUUCACGGGAACUGUGGCCUGGAUGGCCCCCGAAGUGAUCAGGCACGAGCCCUGCUCUGAACGCGUCGACGUAUGGUCGUAUGGCGUUGUCCUCUGGGAACUGCUCACACAAGAAGUCCCAUACAAAAAUCUGGAGACACAUGCCAUAAUGUGGGGCGUGGGCACAGAUACCAUUGCCCUCCCCGUGCCGUCGACAAUGCCAGGCAGCAUGCAGCUACUCAUGAACCAGUGCUGGAGCCGCACUCCAAGGAACAGACCUCCCUUCAAGAUCAUUGCGGCUAAUCUGGAGAUCGCCGGGGCCGAACUAGCCAGCUAUCCUACAGAGUGCUUCAAGAACAACCAAGUGGAGUGGCGCAAGGAGGUCCAAGAUAGCAUGACUCGAUUCUUCACACGAUCUAAGUCCGAGCCUAAAGAGGCUGCUGGAGACGAUCCUGAAUCGGAGAAGCACGUCCGAAGAAUAUACGAGAAUCAGCUCUGCCGAGCCAACGAGCUCUACUUGGAGGUCUGCACCGUACGCUUGCAGCUUGAACAGCGCGAGAAAGACGUUGAGGAGCGCGAGAUUGCCCUGAGGGCUUGCCGUUGUGGUAUUCGCCGCAACUUGAAGUACCAUUACAAACCGUCCUCCUCCUCCUCCGAAUUGAUGGCGGACACUCGCCGCAAAUUUGCUAAGAAAAAGGAAGCACAAGCACUCAUCGUUCGAUAUGUUGAAAAGAAACGUUCGAACAAAGCAAUAUCCGUAGCAGUCCCCAAAGAUGAGGUCAAUACCAUUCUCAAAGAUGUCGCUUCCGAAGUAAGUAUAAAAUCCUGCGAAAAUAACAAUAAUGCAACGCCUCAGAAAAAGGAAACCAUUGUCGAAGAAAACGGGAACAUUCGGCAGAAGCCGAAAGGACAUGGAAGGCCUGACAAUGUGUAUAAAAUACCCGACAUUGCUCAUGUCUAAACACACUCCACCAAUGUCUACGAGCUGGGAGCGCGUGCAUGCACCCAACUCAAUCGACUUAACCCGACUGGUGUAUCCGAACACAUCUCACCCUACGUAGAGUUUAGAAUAAUCUUUUUUGACCAAGAAUCUCACUAUCAUGGUGUAACAAAACAAUUAAUGUAAUUAAAAAAAAAAAACAAAAAAAAGUAGUGUACAACAUACGCAGGAUUCAAUUUAAUGUGUCUGUAAUAAUGGAAUACACAAAUGGUCUCCUACACUUUGAUAUUUAAAUAGAAAGUAGUGGUUUUGCCAUAGGGAUAUCCCUAAUUCCUUAUAUUAUGUGUCUAUGUAUUCAAUUGUAUUAGCGUGCACACUGAAAUAUACUUAGCAACCCAAGUUACCAUGACAGUAGCAGCCUAAUGUCAACAUUACAUACCUAUAUUAAAAAUAAGAAGUGGCUCCAAGGUUGAGAAUGCUGUAAGCAAACGGAGGUCCCAACCUCACGCUGUAGGUAAGUGUCUCAUGACCGAUGCUGUAACACAUAACCUAAAUAUAUGUAAUCAUUCCAGAACAAUUAUCUAAAGUUUAACCUAUGUGUAGCGGACUGAAAGCGCCUCUGUAAUGCACGGCAGAGGUACGAACUCAUAUAUAUUGUUGAUUUUACAGUCCCAUUCACUGCAGUCGUUUACUACCUAGUGACUACGUCCUAAGACUGGUAAACUAGGGACUUUAUAGCUUUAGCGAAUUCGCAUUAAUUAAGGAAAUUCGAAUUUCGCGCGAAAUUAUUGUACUUAAUCUCACUUUCAGUCCGCGUGUAGUAAAAAAAUGUGUGUAGAGAAUUAAUGGUAAUUAUUAGGUUACAUAAUAACUGUGUGUUUACUUUAAUUAGAACCAGUAUUUUAAUUUGCAUCAUAUAUCUUACAACCGAUAUAUUGAACGACCUAAAAAUUUAGAAAAUAUAUACACAAGUAUUCUCAAUAACUGUGUGCUCACAGAAAACUAUUAAAUACUAAGAAUGCUUCUGAAAACUGAAGUAUUCAUGCAUUAUACAUAAACAAUGUCCUUUAAAAAUUCACAAUAAAUAUAGGUGUGACAGUGGUUUAUUGUAGGGUAUCCGACUUUAAAUUGUCCAAUAAUAUUGUGGUUUUGCAAUAAUUUUACUUAAUUAAAUACAUUUCUGAAAUAACACUGAAUCAAGUGGAAAUAUUUAUACUUAUUUCAUUCUGAAUGGAUAGGUAAACCGACUUUUUUGGUUUACAGUAAAGUUUAAAAAAUAUCGUGUCAUACAUAAUAUUAUGACGUCAUCAAAACCAAUAGUUCCAUGGAGUCAGGUACCCUAUAAUAAUCUAAACUACUAUUUUUCCAAGACUAUUAUUUUUUAUUAUCCUUAGAUAUAUUUUUUAGUUUAGUGAAUAAGUAGUACUAAUUGGUAAAUUUAUUUCUUUUUAUAUAAGUUUAACAGUUUUAGCUAGACUAAAACUACUUAGGGUUAAGUUUAAAGGAUUUAUUUUUUUUAAUUUUUUGGUUUCUUUUUUAAUUGAGAAAAGUUUUUAGACCAAUGGCUGUCGUUGAUACCUGGUUUGUGAUUUUUGCAAACAUUUUGUCUCGACAAUCGAUAGGUACCCAUCUUCUUUGUCUCGAUAACUCAUUGGUUUGAAAACUCAUCUCCUGUCCAUGUCUUAGCUUUUUUACUCAGUUUUUGUAUAAAAAAGUAAAUGGUAAUGACUAGUGAGAAGUAAUAUUUUUAUAACAUAUUUUUUGCUAAUCGUACCGCGCGCACUGGGGUAGGGAUGCGUGAAUAGUACAUUUUCGACAUUUUCAAAAUAUCAAACUAAUGAAAAAAUUCAAUUAAAUUUACAAUAUUAAUAUUUGGUAGGAGUAUUUAAUCUUUAAACAAUAUUUUGACUACACGGUUGGCGCGGUGGCUGGACAACCGGCUGCCACGUAACGUGUAGCGGGACCGAUUCUCGCACGGAGCAACUGUUUGUGUGAUCCACAAAUUGUUGUUUCGGGUCUGGAUGUAUUUGAAUUUGUAAACGCACCCAUGACAGAUCAAAAUACUAGUCUGGAGCUACUUGCCUAAAAAUAAAAGAAUAUAAACAAUCACGAAUGUCCGCAGAACUUAAAUCUGACUUUUAUAUAAAAAAACCUACUAUAUUGUGUAGGAAUUUAUCGCGUAUUUUUUUUAUAAUAUAACUGUAACUAACUAACGAAAGGGCCCCAGUGCAGUAUUGCGGCGGGUUGGAUAGGUUCGGGAGUGAUAGGGAAAGAUAAAAGUAUUAUUAAAUUUUUAAUAAUAACGCCAUGCUUGAUAGCCAUGGCUAUUAUGAUGACUAGAGACUAACGGCUGUAUUUAAGAGCUUUUUUCGCUCAUUUAUUUAGAAUAAAAAUCUUUUUAAGCGGUCAGUUCAACAACUGUGACGAGCUAACUCUGUAAGAAGUAACAUCGAUGAAUAUUAUAACAUAAAUUGACAUUGAAACUGUAAUUGAACGGACGGUUUAUCUUGACGCGUGGAAUCCGCCCCUGUUGCUUUGGGACUGUGGAGUUGAGCUAUGCUAUCUGUGUGUAGCGUAACUUUUUUAUCGCAAUGCAACAGUUGCAGCCUCCACCACUCACGAUACGGCCAUUGUCCACUUUUGACAUUUCAGAGUAUAAAUACAUACCCCAUCUUUUUUUUAAAGACAAUGUUGACGCCUAAUCGACCGCUUUCGAAUUAUAUUUAAAUUUGAAAUAAGAACGCGAUUGCUAACUUUUUGUAAAUAUAUGGACACGCGAGCUGGAGCAAAAAAUAUGUUAAAUUUAAUAGUUUUUUUUUAAUUUUUUAUUCUAUUUUUUAUUUUUAUUAUAUUUAAGGGUUCCGCGCUGCGAGUAACUGUUUUAAAUAAGUGCUCAAUUAUUAGUUUUUAUUUAUAUUUUCUUUCAUAUUUACGGAAGUUGAGGGUCCAAAUUAAAGAUCUCAAAAUGGUUGCAUUUAUUUUUGUAUACUUUGUGAUUGUUUGUGAUUGCGCGGAGCCCUCGGCGCGAGUUAGACUUGUGCUAUUGUGAUUGUUAUUAUAUUAUUUUAAACUUAAGAGGUGAUCGUAUCGGGCACUGGAUUGGAGACACCUGGCGUGAUCUUGUAACGUGAACACCUGACAGAUCCUGUCGGGCGAGUCCUAAUAUAAACCAAAGAGCCAGCGUUGAUCCAGUCCACCAACUCGUGCGCAUCACUAAAAUACAUACACGAACUUCAUUUUUAGGCUUUCAUACUUCAUUAAACGAAUUGAAAGUAUAGACUGCACUUAGUCUGAACGUAAUUUUUUACACUAUUUACUAUUUAACUUUUAAUCCUCUUGUGACCUAUUGGCACUGUUCUUAACUGCUCAACUUUGUCGAGCUGACCUAACAUUUUGGUAACAAUAUCUUUGUAGACAUUUUGGAAAAUUUUCGAAACCAGAAUACGAUCUUUCGAUUGAAGAUUUUUAUUACACCACAAGUUGUUCACGAACUCUGUUCCUGACGGUCAAUGUCACUAUUUUGUGUGUGUAGUACACCUUGACAGUGCCAAUUCGUCAAUCUACGCCUAAGAAUCUUUUGGUACCUUUACCACCUUUUGGAUAAAACUAAGUCUACAAUAUAUUGAAGCAUUCGACGCGAACACUUAACAUGAAAAUAUUAACGGUAAACAAAGCACGUGACUAUCUAAAUUCUGAGAAUAAAACCUUUUUACACAUCAAGAUAAUGUUUCACAAAUUAAAAGUUAAAAUGUGACGUAUCGUUUUACGGUAAUGGCAAUAAUCCAAGUUUUGGACGCGGUUGUUGAAGGCGGUGCGAACUGGAUUUAUCCGGUUCUCAUUGCGAUGAAUUAAGGAAUUAAAUACCCACCUACAAAUUUUGGUUAUUGUCAAUAUUUUUAUGGGACAGUGUUCGCAACAGAUGUGCAAACUGAAUGGUUGUAAGUAAUUUCAUUUGGAGGGUACCACCAAUGUACUGUACCAAUCAGCUCAUACCGAUCUCUUCGCUUCAUCAUUGGUACUCUCAAAUCUCUACCAGGGCUUUAUGAUUACGAAAUGCGUGUCCCAGUCACAUUUAUUUAAGUCACCGUGUUUAUAGUUUAAAUAAAAGAUAUUUAAUAAGUUUAGUACACCCUACAGCCCUGGUACUAACUAUUUAUUGUGGAUUAGCCUAAUUUUUGGUCUAGUCGAAUUAAUUUUAAGUGUAUUCGAAUAUGUAUAACUUAUUAAAUAAAUUAUAGUAUCAAUAA